AUGUAUCAGACUAUUGAACUACACGUAAAAUUAUAACAAUAUACUGGCUAUAUUGCGGAAUGAUUUCGGUGUUUUCUCAUUUUCGGUGGCGAAAAUGAACGACCGUCCAGGGAAGGAGCAGCCGCUUGCAGGCCACGGGGCCGAUCCUUAAAGUUCUUCGUACAAGCCGGGGUAGCGACAUUAUUCCAAGCACACGCCUCAUGGACACGGGCCUUAAACCGCAUUCUACGCGGCACCCCGGGGUGCUUUUGUCAGAUGACACGUCGGUGAAUAAUUCACCUGGCGCGCAUACACAGUGA